AUCACUGAACUUGGAUGGGAAAUUCCUUUCCGGCCCCAUGAUUGUGUUUGGUCUAUACCCUUGCGACAUUGAUUAUUUGCAUUAGAUAUGAAGAUAUAAUGCUCAUGAUCGUCUCACGGGGGGCACCACAAUCGGAGAAGAAGAAGAAGACAGUCCGAAACAACGUUCGUCCAACUGGGUAACUGUAUUUCUCGACGCGACCUCCACCAUCGGAGGAGAUCGCCCAUGGCCUCCUCCUCUUCUGCCUCCAAGUCCCUCUCCACCCCACCGCCAGUCUCCUUCGAUUUCUCACCCGAUUUGCCGCCGAUACUUGCUCUCACCCCCGAUCAGUUCAGCCGCUGCUCCAAAGCGCUCAGUUUCUUCCGAGAGAGGCUUUCUAUGCCUCAGGCCAUCGACCAGGAGUUCGCUCGCUUGCAGGCCAAUAGGAUAACCCCAUCUGAGAUGAGGAGAAGCGCCACUGUGGCGCUUGACAGUGUCAAUUUGAGCAAGAACCGCUACUCGGAUGUCAUACCAUUUGACAGGAAUAGGAUUGUUCUUAACUCCAGUAAGGAUUACAGACCGGCAGCAAGGGGAUACAUAAAUGCGAGCUUGAUUAAUACGUCUUCCUCCGAAAAUGUUUCUAAAUUUAUUGCCACACAAGGUCCACUACCGCACACCUAUGAGGAUUUCUGGGAGAUGGUAAUCCAAUACCGUUGCCCUGUGGUUGUGAUGCUGACUAGGUUGGUUGACAAUUACAAGGUACUUCACUGUAUCGAUUUUAAGAUGGUAAAAUGUGGGGAUUACUUCCAGGCAGAGGAUGGUCCCAGAGAAUUUGGUAAUAUAUAUAUAGCCACUAAAUGGAUAAGAACUUCUGAAACUUCAUUAGUGUUACGCCUUCUGGAGGUAAACAAUAGGGAGUCGGAGGAGGCACCUGUAUCUGUUCUGCAUAUUCUGUACCCUGAAUGGCCCGAUCAUGGAGUUCCAAAGGACACAUUUGCUGUGCGUGAAAUUUUGAAAAGGAUAUAUCAUGUACCACCUAAUAUUGGUCCCAUAGCGGUGCACUGCAGUGCAGGUAUUGGGAGAACUGGAACAUAUUGCACCAUCCAUAACACAAUCCAAAGAAUCCUUGAUGGAGAUAUGUCUGCUUUAGAUCUUGUUAAUACCAUAACUAUGUUCAGGUCUCAGAGAAUUGGAAUGGUCCAAACCCAGGAUCAAUAUCUUUUCUGCUAUAAGGCUAUCAUUGAUGAAUUAGAAGACUUAAUCUCGGAGUUCAAUUCUCGGAGCUCAAAAUGAUAGAUUAAUAGCUGUUGCUCAUCAUUAGUACCAAUGCUGAAUAAGGCUGAGAGAGAGAGAGAGAGAAGACCAACUGCCUGCUUCUCCUUGUAUGUUUUAGUUCUUCAGGUGUGUCUGGUUCCCACAAUAAUGGUGGAACCCAGAACAUUGCUGAAUAAUGAAUUUCUCCUCAAAUCGACCCGUUCUCUCCCUAUAGAGGGAACUGAGAAGCUGCAUGAUUCAAAUGGCCUCUAUUUUCCCACAGACUGCUAGAAAAAAUAACUGACUUGUAGCCAUUGCAACUUGCAAGAUUCUGAUUCAUUCAGCAUGGACAGGUUCGAAAUGGCUUUUGUCUGUUGAGGCCAAAUAAGUCCAUUGAAUGCUUAGAUAACUAUGGAUGAUAUGCAUGUUGAAAUGGUCAUUAAUAGCAAAACUAGAAUGAUUUGCAAGUUCCUCUAUGUUGACAAUGGCCAUUUGUAAUUGAACUAAACACAAUGUUGUCUUCUUGAUUCCAAUUCUUUAUUGAUCUUGUUUCGAGGAGUUUUGUUCAUAAGAAAACUACAGUGGUUCUUCUACUCUCA